UCACCGGACGGGUGCGGUAAGCGGAGCAUCUUUUCAACAUGUAGGCUCCCAGCAUCGUAGCCCACCUUUGGGGCAUGAUCGUCACAUCUCUAUCGGACACCAGUGGCCGCGGCUCUGCUCAGCAGAGCACCGACAAGAGGAGCAGAGCUCUGAUCACAGAUGCUUGAGGUUCCCCCUGUAAGCAUUAAUUUAUGCAAAACACCGCUCACCUCUGUCCUGCCUCGUCUCAUUUUCCUCCGCAUUAGAGGAAUUCCACAGAAACGUCUCAACUAUUCUGCGCUCCACAUUUGUUUGUUUAUUUGUUUAUUUCGCCUCCCGCUCACAAACAACAGAUGGGACAUCACGUCGCUGGUCUGUGCACCGCGCACGCUAAUUUGCACGUUUUGACCCGUGGAUUGGAACAAAAUUUGAGCAAAGCUUGGGAUUGUAUUUUCCUGAAGUGCUUGGAUAUGGCCAAGUAACUCCCUCUGCGUCUGCCCCAGCUUCACCCUCUUCAUCACGUCGGGACAGCGUCAUCCUGCUCGGAAAGUUUACCACAGCACUGUGUCCGCUCCCCGCAAACUGUUUCUGUCGCCCAUCAAAAGAGGGAAGAUUCACCUUUUCCACAAAUGCCUUGAUAUCAGACCUGAGAUAAUUAUACUUUUGCCAACAACAUUUGAUAAUUUUUGAAAGAUAUUAUGCAGAACACAUAACUACAAGUAUUAUCUGGAAAACAUUUGAUUUAAUGUGGGAAAGAGCAAAGCAGCUAAUACAGAUUCUUCUGUAUUAACUGUCCAUUUUUUUGACUUUAAGGAAGAGUCUACUUUGCACAAAUAUUUGAAACAUUUUGGAAAAUACGCGAUUUUUUAUUAAAAUAUAUAUUUCUUUUUUUGGCAGUGGGUGUUAAAAUAUUUUACUUUCAUUAUAUAUCAGAUGUUUUGUCGCCAUUUAAACAGUUGAUAAAUGGUUCAGUUUAUCUCAAAUAUCAAAGGCCAUUGAAAUAUAAUUUUCCUCAAGGAGUGUGUUUUUAAAAUGUGGGGCAUGCAGUAUGUUUUCAACCUUUCAAUCAAAUGCUUGGUGUCACUACACACACUGGACCAGAGAUAUCAUCAGGCUGGUAUUUAUGCAUACAUUUGAAGUCAGUAUUUUUACCCCAGGUCAGUUUUGUAUGGAGAAUCUGAGAGCGGCAUAAAGGGAGGCGACACUAGAGCAGAUAUUACACAGUCAUACAAACCACAUAACCUGCUGUGCUUGUAUCCCUGACACUGACCACGAGGGAUUUCAGCUGUUUGGGUUUCAAGAUCUUCACCGUCAGAGCUGUGAACACUGCCUCGAGUCACCAUGGGAGACAUAGCCAACAGUUCUGUGGAUUUCCACCCCAAAAAGCGCGGCAGUGCAGGAGGCAUGGAGGUCAAUCAUGCCGGAGACUUUGGGGUCACGCUGGACGAGCUGAAGGCCCUGAUGGAGCUGAGGGGCCCUGAAGCACUGCAGAAGAUCCAGGAGACCUACCAGGACACAGAAAGCCUCUGUCGGAGGCUGAAAACCUCCCCGGCUAAUGGCCUCUCUGACAAUGUUGCUGACCUGGAGAAACGCACACAGGUGUUUGGAAAGAACUUCAUCCCACCAAAGAAGCCCAAGACCUUCCUCCAGCUGGUGUGGGAAGCUCUGCAGGAUGUAACACUCAUUAUCCUCGAGAUCGCUGCCAUCAUAUCUCUAGGCCUGUCUUUCUAUCAGCCACCUGAAGGAGAGAGCGAGGGGUGUGGAGGAAAGGUACACGAGCAACAGGACGAAGGAGAAGCAGAGGCCAGCUGGAUCGAAGGGGCGGCCAUCUUGCUGUCAGUCAUUUGCGUGGUGCUGGUGACGGCCUUCAAUGACUGGAGUAAAGAGAAGCAGUUUCGCGGGUUGCAGAGCCGCAUCGAACAGGAGCAGCGCUUUGCUGUGGUUCGCAAUGGCACCGUCCUCCAGAUCCCUGUGGCGGACAUGGUGGUGGGAGACGUGGCACAAGUCAAAUACGGAGACCUGCUGCCUGCCGACGGGAUCCUGAUGCAGGGCAAUGACCUGAAGAUUGAUGAGAGCUCCUUGACUGGAGAGUCUGACCACGUUCGCAAAUCUGUGGAGAAAGACCCCAUAUUGUUGUCUGGAACUCAUGUGAUGGAGGGCUCAGGGAAGAUGCUGGUGACUGCAGUUGGGGUAAACUCCCAGACUGGGAUCAUCUUCACGCUGCUGGGGGCCGGAGAGCCGGAGGAGGAGAGGAAAGACAAGAAAGAGGGCAAUAGUAACUCAGUCACACAGCGUCAGCCCCCAGCAGAUGAAGCAAAACCGAGCCGCAUCAGAAAUGGUAAGCCAGAUGGGACGUUGGAGACCAAUCAGAACAAAGCCAAGAAACAGGAUGAGGCUGUUGCCAUGGAGAUGCAGCCGCUGAAGAGUGCUGAAGGUGGGGAAGUGGAGGAGAAAGAGAAGAAGAAGGCCAACAUACCCAAAAAAGAAAAAUCAGUCCUGCAGGGCAAGCUCACUAAACUGGCAGUGCAAAUUGGGAAAGCAGGCUUGGUCAUGUCUACCAUCACCGUCGUCAUCAUGGUGGUCUUCUUUGUGAUUGAGACGUUCGUGAUGCAGGGCCAGUCAUGGACCACAGAGUGCACACCGGUCUACAUGCAGUACUUUGUCAAGUUCUUCAUCAUUGGUGUGACUGUCCUGGUGGUGGCCGUGCCAGAGGGCUUACCGCUGGCUGUCACUAUAUCCUUGGCCUACUCUGUGAAGAAAAUGAUGAAGGAUAAUAAUCUGGUACGCCACUUGGAUGCCUGCGAGACCAUGGGCAAUGCAACGGCCAUCUGCUCGGAUAAGACGGGUACGCUGACCACCAACCGCAUGACAGCAGUUCAGAUGUACGCCUGUGACCAUCACUUCCAUGAAGUCCCCCAGCCUGACCAGCUCAACCCCAAGGUGCUGGAGAUGCUGGUCAACUCCAUCUCCAUCAACAGUGCCUACACCUCUAAGAUUAUGCCUCCAGAUAAAGAGGGGGGCUUACCCAAACAAGUGGGCAACAAAACAGAAUGUGCCCUCUUGGGUUUAGUCCUGGAUCUGAAGAGAGACUAUGCCCCCAUUCGAGAGCAGAUUCCUGAAGAGAAGCUGUACAAGGUUUACACAUUCAACUCUGUACGUAAAUCCAUGAGCACCGUGGUGCAGCUUCCCGAUGGAUCCUUCCGUCUGUACAGCAAAGGUGCUUCCGAGAUAGUGCUCAAGAAAUGUUCAACAAUUAUGACCACAGGGGGUGAGUUGCGGGUUUUCCGUCCACGGGACAAGGAUGAAAUGGUCAAGAAGGUGAUUGAGCCCAUGGCAUGUAAUGGCCUCCGGACCAUCUGUGUAGCCUACCGGGACCUCCCUGGCAAUCCAGAGCCUGACUGGGACAAUGAGAUUGACAUCUUGACCAACUUGGCUUGCAUUGCUGUAGUGGGCAUUGAGGACCCUGUCCGUCCUGAGGUCCCAGAUGCAAUCAAGAAAUGCCAGCGGGCAGGUAUUACAGUGCGCAUGGUGACAGGUGAUAACAUUAACACUGCACGCGCCAUUGCUGCCAAGUGUGGUAUUAUUCACCCAGGGGAAGACUUUCUGUGCCUAGAGGGCAAAGAUUUCAAUCACCGAAUCAGGAAUGAGAAGGGAGAGAUCGAGCAAGAGCGCAUUGACAAGAUCUGGCCCAAGCUGAGAGUUUUGGCUCGGUCCUCCCCUUCAGACAAACACACUUUGGUAAAAGGUAUCAUUGAUAGCACAAUAUUUGAACAGCGGCAAGUUGUGGCUGUAACUGGAGAUGGGACAAAUGACGGUCCUGCCCUGAAGAAGGCUGAUGUUGGUUUUGCCAUGGGCAUUGCUGGUACAGACGUAGCCAAAGAAGCGUCUGACAUCAUCUUGACUGAUGAUAACUUCUCCAGCAUCGUCAAAGCUGUCAUGUGGGGAAGAAAUGUCUACGACAGCAUUUCAAAGUUCCUUCAGUUCCAACUCACGGUCAAUGUGGUGGCUGUUGUUGUGGCUUUCACUGGGGCAUGUAUCACCAAGGACUCUCCUCUGAAGGCAGUGCAGAUGCUGUGGGUGAACUUGAUCAUGGACACUUUUGCUUCAUUAGCGUUGGCCACUGAGCCUCCUACUGAAUCCCUGCUCUUGAGGAAACCCUACGGCCGCAACAACCCUCUCAUUUCCCGCACCAUGAUGAAGAAUAUCUUGGGCCAUGCUGUCUACCAGCUGGUUAUCAUCUUCACUCUUCUAUUUGUUGGAGACAUACUCUUCAACAUUGACAACGGACAUGAUGCGCCAUUACAUGCUCCUCCCUCUGAGCACUACACCAUCAUCUUCAACACAUUUGUGCUCAUGCAGUUGUUCAAUGAGAUCAAUGCCCGCAAGAUCCACGGGGAGAGGAACGUCUUUGACAGCAUCUUCUCCAACCCCAUCUUCUGCAGUAUUGUCCUUGGCACUUUUGCAGUGCAGAUUGUGAUUGUGCAGUUUGGGGGGAAGCCGUUCAGCUGUGCUCCUCUCAGCAUCGAUCAGUGGCUGUGGUGUCUCUUCAUUGGACUGGGGGAGCUGCUGUGGGGACAGGUCAUCACGUCCAUACCCACGAGCCACCUAAAGUGCCUAAAGGAGGCAGGGCACGGGCCGGCCGAGGACGAGAUAAUGGAUGAGGAUUUAGCAGAGGAUGAGGAGGAGAUUGACUAUGCUGAGAGAGAACUCCGCCGAGGACAGAUCCUGUGGUUCAGAGGGCUCAAUCGCAUUCAGACUCAGAUGGAGGUAGUGAGUACCUUCAAGAGAAGUGGUUCGUUUCAGGGUGCUGUGCGCCGCCGCUCGUCUGUUCUCAGCCAACUCCAUGACAUCCGAGUGGUGAAAGUGUUUCGUAGCUCUCUGUACGACGGCAUCGAGAAGCCUGAAUCCAGGAACUCCAUCCAUGAAUUCAUGGCCCCCCCGCAGUUUCUCAUCAACGACCUGGUCCACAACAUCCCCCUGAUCGACGAGACCGACGUGGACGAUGACUCUGCGCGGUCCAACCGCAACCACGUUGUCCCGGCGCCUCCCCAGGCCCCGCCCCCCUCCCAGAGACCUUGCCCCCCGCCCCGCCACCGCCGCAACUCCCGCCCCAACAACCGCCAGCAGAGCCUCCCGGUCAGCCUCAACUGCAACAACAACGCAGCUGAGACUGGAGUUCACCUGGUCCCGAAAGAUGUCCGUCCCCGCACCCCCAGCCCACUGCACAGCUUUGAGACGUGCUUAUGACUCGUGUAUUAACACACUUUAAAGAGGUGAGGAAAGGCAAUGCUGACUUUGAGGGAGAUGACUGCACAUGAUGAAAAAAAAAAAAAAACCAAACAAAAACAUAAAUGGCACAAAUGAUGUCAGCAUAUGAAGGGGGAAUGUAUUGCCUGGAAGGACUUUGCUGGGAUGGAUGUUUUCUGGAUUGUUUUAUUAGCUAAUCUUUCUCCCUCUUGCUUGUAACCCGUCAUUGUCUGCUUGAGAAAACUCCCAUCCCCCCCUCAGAGUUACUCAGUCAGACCACACUAACCCCACCAUACUGUUGAGGUGACCAUUUUCAAAUGUAUAUCUAAGCAUGCAAUAGAGGAGUGCCGCACGUGGCAGAGCAAGGAGCGAACUGCAAUCAAUUCUUGCCACUGAGGUUGAAAGACUUAACCGAGGAACUGCAACGAGGUUCCGUCGUUUUGCUUUUUAAUAAUGUAAUUGUUCCGAUUAUUAAUGUUAUUACUACUGCAAAUACCAUGUUUACUAGCACAAUUAUUAUAAUCCAGCUAAUGAUGCCUCAUCGAUUAGCAUUAUCUAGUCAUGUAUGUAUGUAUGUAUGUUUGUAUGUAUGGAUGUACUGUUUGUCCAUUUGGCUAGAUGCUAUAUUUGUCUAUUUGUUUGUCUGUUUUUAUAUUCUCCCUCUGGUCAUGUCCUCAGUUUUCCGUUUCUGUGUUUACAUGUGUUGUGUCUUAAAAGUAAAAGGAAAAGAAAAAAAAAGGACAACUAUACAAAUGAAGUAAUAAACACGUGUGGCAACUUCAAACACAAACAUCAACAAAAUAGUACAUCUGUUAUUGAUUAAACGAUGGACAAAAUGAAAAGCACCGCUAAUGAUUCAUGUUGAUAAGCUCUGGAAUUCAGUUUCUUUGGACGUUGAAGUGGAGGAAUCAAACGGACUGAGUAUUCAAAACCUUAAGUUGUGUGUGAAGAUUAAAGAAUUUAUUUAAAUAAUUUUUUUU